AUGUCAACCAGCACUUUUGAUCUCCAGGCCGAGUGGCGCGAAACAUGUCGGGAAUUUAUCAGUGCCACAGAAAUAGAUCUCAGCGUCAAAUCGCCGACGGCAGAACAGAUUACCGCAAAGCUCGAUGAGCUAGAUGAAGCCAAAGAAGCGAAGAGUCGCUCAAAAGUGGGCAAGGCAAAGCGCGCCGUGGGAAAUACCCUGCGCGCCGUACAAACCAUUGGGAGUCUACUUGCUCAAGGUGCGGAGCUAACAGGCUUCGGAGGGCCGGCCAAUGUAACCAUGAACUGUGUUUCGUUCUUUAUCGACGCUGGAUUUGCCUACAAGAAGAUUGCCGACAACAUUGACGAUCUUUUCAGUCGCAUCGGUCCAAUCAUGGAGCGUGCUGAAGUUUACAUCAAAGAUCGAGAAGUCAUAGGACCAGAGAUGGAACUCACGACCCAUAGGAUGCUGAUCGCGGUAGUCAAGACUUGUCAGCAUUGCAUCAGCCUUCUCCGGCCUCCCCAUUCGAAACGAUCCAAAACAAAAAUGUUCUUUGAGGCAGCACUCUUCCAAAGUGAUAGCGGUGUCCAAAGCCAGAUCGACCUUUUGAUCACGUUGCAAGAGCAGGAGAUGAAAAUGGCCAGUGCAGUCACAGUCACGGCCGUCAAGAAGACGGCCGUGGACGUCGGGGUCGUCAGGGCAGAUGUUACGAACGUAGCGACCGGGGUUGGGCUGAUCAGCGAAAAGCUAUCAAAGGAUGAUGUAGCAACAGCAGAGGAAAGGAUUAAAGAAGAGUUCAAAGCAAAACUUGGUGUGGAGGAAUCUGUUGUGAAGUCCCUCCAGUUGCAGUAUCGCACUCGUCGGGAAAAACUGCGUACAGGCACUUGCGCAUGGUUAAAAGGCCACUCACAGUACGCGCAAUGGUCUGAUCCUCGUAAGAAAUCGGUGCCGGUUUUGAUACUGUCUGGCGGUGAAGGAAGCGGCAAAUCGUAUGCCAUGACUUCGGUUAUCCAAGACCUUGAGAGGAGAUAUCCACAAGGUCGCGACGACUCUACACGGAUCUCCGUGGCAUACUUCUACUGCAAUCGGAACACUCAACGGGACCCUGAACGGGACCAAAAAAGCCAUGAUAGCCAACGGGAAACCCGAAGUGCGAAAGCUGCUCCCUCCGUCAAGGAAAUGCUCCGCACAUGGGCGUGCCAGAUCAUGGAAAACGACACGUUCUAUAGAAAGGACGUGCACAGGGUGCUCAGCAAUAACGCAGAUUUUGCUCAGCUCGAAGACUUCGUACGAGAGCUUUUCCUAGAUCAGCUCCCCAAAGGAGCCGUGUUUUUCCUUUUGCUGGACGGAGCGCAUGAAAUGGAUGAAGACGGUUACUCGGAGCUUUCCACUAUGCUCAAUUAUCUGUCGGAAACAAGCCGAAGCCUCAGUUCACUCAGAAUUAUGAUGACUGCGAAGCCGUCCCUGCAGCGCGAGCUUGAAUCCUAUGCUCUAUCAUCUACAGUGACAAUCCAAAUAGAGGGCCAGAACAUGACAGAUAUCCACAGUUAUGUCGAAAACAAGGCUAAUGUGCUCACUUGCUUCAAAGCAAGAACAAAUGAGAUACAGGAGCUUAAAAGCUGGGUAAUAUCAGAACUUCCAGCAGCUGUCAACGGAAACUUUCUUCUUGCUGAGCGCAAACUACAAGAGAUCAACCAGUGCCAGGACGCAGAAAGUGUCAGGCAGAUUAUAGAUGAAUUGAAAAGAAAUGGAGCCAGCUUGUUCGAUUCUAUCGACAAGGAAGUUAUGGCGUGCAACAAGGUACUCAGCACGAAGCAGGUGCGCCAUCUCAAUGCGCUCCUCCUAUGGGUCAUAUAUGCAGCCUGGAAGCUCAAGGUUUACGAGCUGGAGUCGAUCCUUUACGUACAGGAGCAGUACAAACCUUUCCAGCCGCUAGCAAAAGUGAUCAGAGAAAAUUAUUCUCCUUUUUUCGAACUCUCCGGAUUAGAUGAUGACGACUACGCCACUGUUAGCAUCAAGUCAAGUGCUCAUGCUGAGUACUUCAAAGAUGCAUCCAAUCAGCGCACCUCAUCCAAUUGGUCGUCAAAUCAAACGUUGUCAAAAGGCGAAAUACAGAUUGUGCGUCACUUUGUCGAAAAGCUAUGCGAGCAAGACUUGUAUGACAAGCUUGGCCUUGCUGAAUUUUUUGAUCAGAAGUUGGCAAAAAGUGAUAUGAGCAUUGCUGUGGACUCCCUAGCGGGUGGCAUGGGCGAGGAAGCGAACACCGUGCGAGUCUACGCCUGGCUGAAUCUGACGUACCAUCUCAAACAGAUCGAUCUUGACACUGUGGAUCCUACUAUCAAGGCUGAAAUGGGCCCUCUACUGGUUAAGAUGUUUACCGAUGAAGAAGUAAUUAGGUUAGACAAGUUUGAUGAGUCCUCGUGGGUGUACAAUGAUGAAGGUUUAUCUGAGAUCGUGCGUCUUCUGAAGAGCUCUGCGGUUAUCAAGAACGUAGUCAGGGAGCAGGGCGGCGAGGCCUGGAUUAAUCGGGUCCUUCGCGCUAAAGACCCAACUCUGGAACUUCUGCGCUCUCAGGCACCGAUAAUGGCCAAGUUUUGGCUCACGGCGGAACUUUCUUUUCAUGCGUACAAGGCUUUUACGUGGUGGUACGGAUACUGCAACAAGGUCGAAAGCAUCGAUGACCCAACAAGGAGAAUCCAAUAUUCCCCCUCACAAAUGACAUCUUCUGCAGAAAUUAUGAAAAUUUACGAGAAAGAUAUCGCACCACUGAUCGUAGGGAUGGAUUCUGCGGAUUUGAAGAGCACGCGGAGCUUAGGACUGACGUUCCUGGAGUACAGGCUUGUAGCAGAAGCCAUCGAUGCGCUCAACAGAGUCGUUACCGCUGAUCCUGAUGACCUACUCGCUCGCGAUUCAUUGGCGGAUGCGUAUGCCAUGUGCAACGAAGCGCAAUCGGUCCUGCCAAACUUGGACGAAGCAUUGCGCCACAAAGACUUGGUCAUUGCGCAGCUCGCAGGCGGAAAGAAGCUUUAUGCUGAUGAGGACCCGGAAGAAUCGCGGAAGCGUCUCGUGUUAGCCAAGAUAAGCUGGCUACGAGAGCUCAAGAGACACGAUGAAUCCGAAGAGUUGCUCCGCAACGCGCUCAAAGAGGAUCCAAGCGACGACCCCAGCCGUCUCGAGCUUAUGAGCCUGCUCUGCGAGUCUCAAAAGUCGGCUGAGGCUUUUGAGUUGCUCCAGGCGCUGGAGAGCGAGAUCGAUGACGCUACGAACAACACUGCCGUGUCGCGCUUCUUGCAAAAUCAUGCCCUUAGCGAUGAAUGGCGUUCGGUUCUUGUUUCCUUAUUAGAUUCGGAGACCCGGUUUGAAGCCGUGAAAACAUACUACCGCCUGGCGAUCAAAGACGGUGCUGCCGACAACAAUCCCUCUGCACGAUGGUUUCACUGGUCCCUUGUCGAGGGUUUGGCGUCAAUACUAAUCAAGUAUGGCACAGGACCCGCUGAUCGAGAAGAAGCCAUCGCCCUGUUGGAGAAGUCGGUCAGGGACCACUCUGAUGUGCUUAGCCACCGGGUCCAAUGUGUCAGGAGACUGUGCAAGAUAUACGUUGCGCAAGCCCGAGAGGCUGCUCCCGGCUCGCCCACUGCCGACGCUAUGAUCACGAAGAUCAAAGCUUUCUCUCCGGAAUGGAAGGAGGAGACUGGCCAAUUUGACGUGUCUCAAGCGGAAAUACGGGCCCUGCUCGCUCGAUACUACCGAAGCGUGGGAGACUCUGAGAAAGCGCAAGAGACGCUCCGACCGGACAUGGAGCUUGCUCUGAAAUUGCUAUCCGAUGACGACCCCGACAACGACUGGCAGGGAUAUCGAAAGCUUGGAGAUGCGCUCAUGGACUGCGGCGCAAUAGAAGAAGCACAAGCAGCAUGGUCGCUUAUCCAACCUGAGCAGGAAGAUUCGCAUCUGCGUGAGCGUUCCCCAUCGCUGGGCGGAUCAACCACUACUGAAACAUUUCCAAGAGCCCAAGGGCCUUCUUUAGAUGAUGUUCAGGACGACCCGAGUUUCGAGACAUAUAGCGAUGCCAAUGCGUCACCCUCGGCCCGCGAAGAUGGAUCUUUCUCCUCUGAUUUUGCGCGGCUCAAGCGCGACAACACGUCCAUGAAACCAGAAGGUCCUUUGUGGUACUUGUGCAGCGGACGUGGAUGUGAGGCACUCUGGACGUACGCGGACGACUUCUACGUCUGCUGCGAGUGCGUCUAUGUACAAUUCUGUCCAGCUUGUCUCAAGAAGCUCCAAGAAAAACAGCUCGAGCAUGAGGAAUGCGAUGCAAUGCACGAGUUCUUACAUGUACCCGCUUGGACACCGGAGAGCGCGGACCGGACUCGUAACAAAAAAGUGCUUGUCGGGGGAGAGGAAAAGGAGAUUGAGUCCUGGCUGAAGGAGAUCGAGCAGGCAUGGCAUUUGGAGGUGUUGGAUGCCAAGCCCGUCGCAGCUUGA